UCAUCUUGCGUAUAAAGAGAGUUCUGGUCAAGUUCAAGUUCAUUCAUUGGUAGGGCAGGCAGUAGCAAAAUCAAGGGCACCUUUCUUUGUCAAUGGAAUUAGGGAAAUUGCCCCAAGAUCUGGGCAUCACAGUUGGCACAAUGCCAGUCUUCUUCUCAUGCUAUUUCAGGGGUCUUAUCCCCAGUCUGGGAACGCUGCUUCUGCUCUUCAUUUCCAGGGUGGACCCAAGGCCACACAGGGGACACGAUGUCCAGCUCCAGCUGGAGGCUGUUAAGCAGGGCAUCCUGGUGAGGUUGGGCUUGGAGAGGCCUCCAGCCAUCCAGGGCACCAUGGACCAAGAGGAGAUCCAGAAGGCACAACUGCGCUACCAGGAAUUGCUAGCACAGCUCCAAGCAAACCAAACCAAGCUGCUGCCAUCCACCACCAUUCAUCUUUUGAGGCCUGAAUUUAUGCAUGUGAAUGAGUCCACAUCGGGAAAUCUGCAGGCCACAAAUGUGCAUCUGGAGUUCUCCAGGACAGCAGCAUUGCAUCAGAACCUCAACAUUCUCAGGGCUGAACUGACUCUCUUCAAGGAGUGGCUAGAUCCUCCGAGCAACUCUCUGUCCAAGAUAACAUGGCCAGCACAUGUUAAUCUCUACCAACUGUCCACAAGGGAGAAAGGAACCCCCAAGCUGCUUACUUCCCAAGUGAUUUCAGGGACUUCACCAAGCCUCAGUCUUAAGGGUGCUGUAGAGCAAUGGGUAGCAAGCUCUGAGCCCAAGUUGCAUCUGGGCUUGGAGUUUAGGUCAGACACGGCUGCGUGGCUGGCCACUACCAUGACAGAAGAAGGGACAGAGUUGCUGUCACUGACGAUAGAGUCUGAAACUCGAAAGGCAGUAAGGAAGGCAAGACAGCUUGAUGAGGAGGAAUGCAGGAAGGGCGAUGGGAAAUGCUGCAUGAGGUCACUUAAGGUCUCCUUCGAGGCCAUUGGGUGGUCGGAUUGGGUGGUGGCCCCGCAAAGCUACUCUAUGAAGUUCUGUGAGGGUUCCUGCCCACACAACUACAAACCAGCCAGCAUGCAUGCCCAGAUCAAGGCCAGGUUGCACAGUCUUUCUGGGGAGACUCCGGCACCUUGUUGUGUUCCUGCCGCCUAUGAGCCAAUGGUGCUUAUGCAUUAUGGCAGUGAUGGGAUGGUGGCCACCCAACUCUUUGAUGACAUGAUUGUUACUCGGUGUCACUGUGCAUGAAGUCGGGGAGGGAGAUUCUGGGGGAAGAGGCAUCCUGCUUGUUUAAAUCAAGGAGUGCAAAAGUAAUAAUGAACCUUUUUUAAUGAACAUAUCUGGAGCUGAUCCCUUUUUUUGAGAGGAGUAAAUGUCUUAUGCACAUCCUCUCUGUGUACUUCUUUCGUUCUUAUAUAGCAGUUACUCAUGGCCAAAUCAGCUGCUCCUUUAGCACCAUUUUAAUGAAAACUGGGUCAUCUUCUUCCUAGCAAAUCAUCUCAACCUAUCAGGGAUCACACUGCAAGGCCAAUCAGAGAUCACAUGGUCAACAUAAUGAUAUUGCAGUGUCAUUUAUCAACAUUUAUCAGUGCAUGAUAGAGGUGGGAAUUGCAUUUUUGGGUUCUAAAUCUGGAGAAAGAAGCUGGAGGGAUUUUCUAAGAUUUUUGUCAAAAUGACUGUGCAGAUACAGGGAGCAGCCAUGAAGGAGUCCAGGGCCCAAGCUCAGAAUUAUGAUCUAAAAUUCCCAACUGGAUUUAUGUUUAUGCUCUUCUUUCUAGUCACAUCUUUUUUGCCCUGGAUUAUGGAAUUCCUCCACAACACUCCAUAACUGAAUGCCAAAAAAGGCCUCUUUCUAUUUCUUUUUUAUCACAAGUAGGUCACAUUUUUUGUAGAAGGGGAUAGAGAUCAUUUCAGGUCCCCUUCUUGACUUGUAAGUAAUAAGCACUUUACACACCAAAAUAUUAAAUAAUAAUGUUCAUAAUGAAUAAAUUGUGGGCUUUUUGAUGUGCUUUGGGGGCACAAGAAGCUGAUUGUCACUCUGCUCUCCAAGCAUCCAUGAGGAAGCUCAAACUGUUUCAUUGCUCUGAUGUUUUUAUCCUGUUCUCUUAUUUAUUUUUAACUUAUUCUUGUUUAUAUCAAUACUAUUUUGUUAUUAGUUUAUAUUAUUUAUAAAAGAAGAUUUAUUUGGCUGGGGAAGAUAAUUAAGAGGAUAAUAAAAUCAGUGGA